AUGUCGGCAGACGAUCAAGCGUUUUUAGAUGUCCUAUCGUCAGUCCCAAACGAAAUCAAACGAUACACGAACGAUGUGGCGGAUUAUGUGGAUAAACAUCUCAGCCACGUCUCGAAUGUCCUGAGAGAGACUCUAUCAUCUUCACGGUGGAUUCCAGAGUCUGCGAGACCCAGGCCACCUCCACCGCCUCCGAGGUCGUUCGUGCAGCAGGUUACUUCACCGAGUAGUCUUUACCAGCGAUUACAUAACUGGGUAGCAGAUCACAAGAUCAUCACCGGCAUUGUUGUCGUAGCUGUUGGAGGGGUUACAUAUCAUAUCAUUCGCAGACGUUCGAGCAGAAAGAAGCGCAGGGCGAGACGGGCUGGAAAUGGAGCCCGACUUGAGGUUGUGGUUAUUGCUGGGGCCCCUUCCGAGCCCAUCACGCGAUCGAUUUCCUUAGAUUUGGAGAGAAGAGGGUUUGUCGUGUAUAUUGUGUGCAAUACCGUUGAGGAGGAGAUACAAGUGCAAAGCGAAUCAAGGCCGGAUAUCAAGCCAUUGAUGAUUGAUAUUGUCGAUCCAGAAAGUGCCCGCGCUUCUAUUGAGCGGUUCUCAAUACACCUCAACACACCGCAUGCUGCCUUCCAAGGAGCAAGACCCCAUCGCUUAGAGUUCCGAUCUUUAAUCCUCAUACCAUCAACAACCUAUCCAUCACAACCGAUAGCCACACUCUCUCCUUCGACCCUCUCGGAUCUAUUCAAUACCCGACUCCUCACACCAAUCCUCACAUUACAAACCUUCCUCCCACUCCUCCAAUCCCUACCAUCAAACCAAACACAUCCAUCGUCCCGCAAAAAGGCCGAGCCAUCAGUCCUAGUCCUCACACCAUCCAUAAUCUCGUCCCUCUCUCCAGCCUUCCAUCUCCCAGAAUCAACCAUAAUCUCAGCCCUAACAUCCUUCACCACUGUUCUUAAAGCAGAACUCAAACCCCUCAACAUCCCAGUGACACAUCUUCAGCUUGGAAACUUCGACAUUCGAGCUUUCGCACCACAUAACAAGCAACUCACACUAUCUGGAGCCAGAGCAGAGACCCGUGCAUGGAACGAGUCGACUCGUGGUGCAUAUGCUCGGAACUACGUUAAUACGACUACAAAGUCGCCAUCUCUGGGACAUGGUAGUUCCCUGCGUGAGCUCAACAAUGCAGUUUUCGAUUCUAUGGUUUCCGGACGUGGAGGCGUUGUCCGUGUAGGCAUGGGAAGCUCUGUAUACGGCUUCGUCGGCCGAUGGGUACCCAGCGGGUUAGUAGCUCACAUGAUGGGCAUGCGCAGCGCCACUUCUUCGCUUGCAGAGUCUAGCAGCGGAAGCGAGAUUGGGGUGUCAAGUAGUGGAGAUGUGAGUCCUGGGUCUGGAAACGGAUCCCAUAUUGGUGUAGAUGGGCUGGAGAGGAGCGAAUAUGUCAACGUGUAUGAAUAUAAGAAUGAGAAGGAUGUUGAGGGAGAGCAUUAUAAUUGA